AUGAUGUCCUAUGUGAAGCAGCCGCAGUUCGGUUUAACGCUCCCGGCACCGGGGAUGGAGCUCCUGCACACCGCCGCCUCCUUCCCCGCAACUCCGAGAAAGCAGCGUAGAGAGCGAACCACCUUCACGCGCACUCAGCUGGACAUUUUAGAAGCGCUGUUCACGAAGACGCGCUACCCAGACAUCUUCAUGAGGGAGGAGGUGGCACUCAAAAUCAACCUGCCUGAAUCCAGAGUACAGGUCUGGUUCAAGAACCGUCGGGCCAAAUGCCGUCAACAGCAACAACAGCAGACAAGUGGGCAGCCCAAGCCACGCCCUCCCAAGAAAAAGGCCACUCCUCCUCCCCCGGAGAUGCCCUCUGAUGCUGCCAACAUCUCAGUGGCCCCACCUCCUCCUCUUCCACCUCCAACCCUAGGUUCUGCCCCCGUGUCCGUUUGGAGCCCAGCCUCUUUGUCACCUCUCCCUGACCCUCUGUGUGGUUCGGGUACCGCUUGCAUGCAGCGUCCGUAUGCCAUGAGCUAUGGUCCAGUGUCGUGCUCCUAUGGCACAGGCUUCAGCACAUCGCCGUACUUCGACUGUGGCCCUUACCUGUCACCUGUUACCUCUCAAGGAGCCCUCUCGCCCCUUGCUGUGUCCUCUGUAGGCACCUCGCUGAGCCAGUCGCCCUCACUCGCCUCCCAGGGCUACGGUGUCUCCGCCUCGCUCGGCUUCGACUGCCUCGACUACAAGGACCAGCAGGCCUGGAAGCUCGGCUUCAGCACCGUCGACUGCCUCGAUCACAAGUUCCAGGUGUUGUAA